AUGGGUGAUGACAGUGGAGAUGUUGAUCUCCUUGCAUUCCUAAGGAAAAAUUACGCGGGAGAACUUCAUGCACCAAAUCAAAAAUUAGGAGAUGAGACAGAAAAACCUGAAGUGGCUGAAAUAAAAUCCUCGAAGCGAUGCCGUGAUGGGCCAAUUUUUUCGCCCUGUGUUGUCUGUGACGAUCCAAGAGGGACUGUUCAUUUCGGAGCUGUAUCGUGCGCUGCUUGUUCGGCGUUUUUCCGUCGCACGAUCUCUGAAAACCGCAAAUAUUCCUGUCGGCGAAGCUCUGAUGGCCGCUUCAACUGUCCGAUUGAUCAUAAGCAUCGAUGCUACUGUCGGGCAUGUCGUCUUCAAAAGUGCCUUCUAAUGGGAAUGGAUCCAGGAAGUGUACAAUUGCACCGGGAUACGUACGGCUCCAAAAUUAGACGUGCACUGGAGCAGAAUUCCAUUCAUCACCAAUCACAAAAUAUUCAUCCGAACAUUUCCUCUUCCUCACUGUCAGUUUUUAGGGAUAAUGUAAAUGGAGACAGUUCACAACACAUUUCUCCUCAUUCAACUGCACAUCUUGCGGAGCAGUUACUCAUUUUCUCCCAAACACCGAUAUCUAAGAAGUCUUUCGAUGACUACUCGACAAGUCACGAAGAUGCAUCAGCUGGUGGCGAAGUCGCUCGGUUGCAGCACUCUUCAAUAUCAGUAGUGACUGAAGAGCUGCCCACUCAAAUUGGUACACAUCUAGUAUCAUGUCCUUCAAGUGAAAUGAGUGACAUGAGUUCAAAAAAUCUAAUCGAUGGUAUGGUGGACUCCUAUCGGCAAAUGUUGGAACGGAGGCGUCUUGUGUACUGUCCCGACUCCAUACGUGACAUCCUCGGUGGAACAAUGCCUACAAUGAGGCCAGCAUGCUACUACGGAGAGCGAGUAAGACAUGAUCGUGUGCGUCUUGAUAUCGCACUUCUCAUCGAAUUUUUGAACAGCGUUCCACCAUUUCCAAUGCUAAAAGUGGACGACAAGGUAGCACUUGUGAAGAACUUUUCUAUAUGCUUUUCAAUUCUUGAGAAAUACUACAUAACCAUGCGUGCUGGAGGACUACAAACGAGCAGGAUAUUCCAUAAUGAUGGAACAUAUACAGAUCUUGAGGAUCCCGAUUCUAUAACUGAGGAAGCUAAUAAAGUUACAGGAAAAGGCACGGAUCGUGAAACAUUGAACAAGCUCUUCAUACAACCUCUGAAAGACUUUCUACUCGAGCUGUCUGGUCCAAUGUACCACAACAACAUGACUGACGUGGAAUUUUGUGCCUUGACAGCUAUCUUGUUGUUUGAUCCAGGAGCUACUAGUCUAUCCGAACUGGGUAGCCAGAUUGUGCGAGAGGCUCGUGAUAGGGUCUACAAUGAUUGGUUUGGUUUUUAUGAUAGAACCGGAGUUUGCGAUAUUGGACAACGUGUAGGCAACACUAUGCUUCUCAUUCCUGCUGUCAAAACAAUCGUGGAGACUGCGCAGGAGAACUUUCGUCUCAUACAGGUUUUUGAUCUCUUUCGUUAUGACAAAAUUCUAGAUGAGCUUAUGUAUUUGGAUGAUUAG